AUGGAGGAAGUUUUUGCUAAGCUUAAUAAACAGAAUAAAUCUGUUGUAAUAUGUGGAGAUUUUAAUAUCAAUCUCCUAGAAGCUUCCUCCAUCAAUAUUAAAUUUAGAUCAUUGUUUAAAUCAUAUGGUCUUUUUAAUUUAUUUAUAGAGCCAACGCGUAUUUCUCAAUCUAGUGCAACAUGUAUAGAUAACAUUUUUACAAAUGUGAAGCCGUUGCAUAAAUGUAUAAUUCAAAAAUUAAGUUCUGAUCACUGUGGACAAGUAGUUUCGUUACCUUAUGUUCACAAAAAGCAAGUAGAUGAGAAAGUUGUGUCUGUUCCAGUAAAUGCACGUCGCUUGGAGAAAUUUAGAAGUAACAUAGUGAAAAAACUUCCAUCACUUUCAUACCAAAAUGAUCCUAAUAUUUUGUAUGGAACAUUAUUUAAGCUUAUUUGCAAUGAAUUUAAUAAUACUUUUACUUCUAAAACAUUCUCCUUGAACAGUCGGAAGUCAUUCAAUGAAUGGGCGACAGUAGGAGUCCAUAAGAGCAGGCAUAGGUUAUAUGAUCUUUACCAUGAAAGGUCAUAUAAUCAUAGCGUCGAAUUUAGGGAAUAUGUAAAAAAAUAUUCAAAAAUAUUUAAAAGAGUGUGCUCCAUAGCCAAGUCUUUGCAUUUGAGCAACAAAAUUAAGACGGCUUCCAAUAAAAUUAAAAUGACAUGGAGUAUAAUUAAUAGCGAAACUGGUAAGAUCAACUCUCGCAAUUCAAAUUACCAGUUAAGUGUUAACAACAAAUUAACUGUAUCAGAUCAGGACGUAGCAAUGGUUUUUGAGAAAUAUUUUACUGAUAUUCCGAUCUUGACCACUAAGUCACUAAAUUCUUCUCCUGCCGUCGCCGAAUCAUUACUUAAACAUAAUGUAAAUGUGUGUACAAAGAAUUUUACAUUUCAUAAAGUGACAUCAAAAGAUAUUGUAAAAUAUUUUAAAACUAUUGAUGUUAAGAAAACUGCGGAUCUGUGGGGGAUUUCCGUUAAAGUUAUUGCGUCUAUAAUAGAUACAAUCGCGCCUCAUUUAGCUAUUAUUUUUAAUACUAGUAUCGAAUCUGGUGUGUUUCCUGAUUUAAUGAAGCAUAGUAAAGUAAUACCUUUAUUUAAAUCUGGUAGUACAUUAGACCCCGCCAAUUUUAGACCUAUUUCUGUACUACCAACACUUAGUAAGAUUUUUGAAAAAAUUGUUCUUGAUCAAAUGUUAAAUUUUUUUAAUAUAAAUAAUUUACUUCAUAAAAAUCAAUUUGGUUUCACAAGGGGUCGCUCGACAACUGAUGCCGGUGUUGAGCUUAUUAAAUAUAUCUUUAAUGCAUGGGAGAAUUCACAGGAUGCUUUGGGUAUAUUUUGUGACCUAUCCAAGGCCUUCGAUUGUGUUCACCAUGAAACAUUAAUCAGGAAACUUCAACACUACGGUGUAAGAAGUGAUGCCCUUAAAUUAAUUAUUUCAUAUUUAAGUAAGAGAACGCAAAAAGUUGUCAUUAACAAUAUGAGCUCUUCCGGAUCGAUGGUACAAAUGGGCGUGCCUCAAGGCUCAAUUCUCGGCCCCUUUCUGUUUCUUGUAUACAUUAAUGACUUACCUUACAUAGUAGGGGAUAACCAUGAUAUAGUAUUAUUUGCAGAUGACACUUCUUUAAUUUUCAAAUUAAGUCGACAGUUACUAAAAUAUGACGAAGUAAAUAAUGCUAUAUCUAAAUUAGUAAAUUGGUUCGAUGUUAAUAAUUUGCAUUUAAAUGGCACUAAAACAAAAUGUAUGAAAUUCGUGACUCCAAAUGUCAAACAAUUAAAUACUAAUUUAAUUUUAAAUGGGGAGAAACUGAGUCUUGUAGAUACCACCAUUUUUCUUGGAAUCACACUAGACGCGAAGCUUCAAUGGAGCCCCCAUAUAUCAAAACUAGCAAGCAGACUUAGUUCUGCAGCAUAUGCUGUAAAAAAGAUUAGAAGUCUAACCAGUGUUGAAACAGCUAGACUAGUUUACUUCAGCUACUUCCAUAGCAUAAUGUCGUAUGGUAUUUUGCUAUGGGGACACGCAGCUGACACUGAAAUUAUAUUUGUUUUGCAGAAGAGGGCCAUAAGAGCAAUUUAUGAUUUAAAGCCUAAAGAGUCGCUGCGACAAAAAUUUAAGGAAAUUAAUAUAUUAACUUUGGCCUCUCAAUACAUUUAUGAAAAUUUAAUGUACGUACACAAAAAUAAAAGUAUUUUUAUAAAAAUAAGUGAUAUUCAUUCUGUAAAUACUAGGAACAGACACAAGCUAGUAGUACCAGUUACUCGACUCCAUCGAGUCAGUAAUUCAUUCUUGGGGCGAUGUAUACGCUUUUACAACAAAAUUCCAGAAAAUAUACAAAGUUUGGCCUGUUCAAAGUUCAAAAACUUUAUUAAACUAAGUUUGUAUAAAAAGGGUUAUUAUAAUAUUAAGGAAUUUAUGGAUGAUAAUAACCCCUGGAAAUGA